AGAGGGGGAGAGAGAGAGGGAGAAACACACAUACAGUGUUUUUGUGUGUGUGUGUGUCUGUGAGGGGAGGGAGGGAGGGGGAGAGAGAGAGAGAGAGAGAGAGAGAGAGGAGCCCUGAAAAUCCAAACCCUUUUCAGAAUUCCAUCUCUCUGAUAACUUCAUUUGAUCAUAAUCUCUCAUUCUUCCUGUACAGAGAGAGAUUGAGGGGAGAGAAAGGGAGAGAGGAGAGAGAUUGUGGAAAAAGUCGAGAUAUUUAAGUGAAGAAUCGAAGUGAUUUCAGUGUGACCGUACAAUGGAGCGGUACGGUCGGACCGCAGAAGGGUCACAGUCCGAUCCGUCGCCGGAGUGGAACCUUCCGGGACCCGAAACAGGGCUGGAAGGGUCCAUGAGGCAGUUGGGGCUCGGACCCGGGGAAUCGUACCCGGAGCGAUCCGACGAGGCCGAUUGCAGUUACUACUUGAGGACUGGGAUUUGUGGGUACGGCUCUCGGUGUCGGUACAACCAUCCCCGUGAUCGCAGUGUGGUUAUCGGAGCGGCAAGAACUGGAGGAUUAGAGUACCCUGAGCGAGCGGGCCAGCCGGUGUGCCAGUAUUAUAUGAGGACAGGGACUUGCAAAUUCGGCGCUUCGUGUAAGUACCACCAUCCUAAGCAGGGAGGGAGCUCUGAUAGCCCUGUUUCAUUAAACUAUUAUGGAUAUCCAUUGCGGCCGAGCGAAAGAGAUUGUUCCUACUAUGUGAAAACUGGACAGUGUAAGUUUGGUGCAACUUGUAAAUUCCAUCAUCCACAGCCGGCUGGCAUACAGCUUCCUGGGCCAUCACCAGCACCUCAAGUUUCACCUGUACCUGCUACACACACAUUGUAUCAAAAUGUGCAAUCUCCGUCUGUUUCAUCACAACAGUAUGGAGUAGUAUUUGCAAGGCCUCCUUUAACAUAUGUUCCAAGCCCCUAUGAUCAAGUGCUGCUUUCCCAGGGCCCAAUUCCUUUCCCAGGUUGGAAUCCAUAUCAGGCACUUGCAAGCCAAUUGCCCUCUCCGAGUACUCAAUCUGGUGUUGGUGCUAGGACACUGUAUACCCAACUAUCUCCUUCAGCGCCUGCAUUUACCGGAAUGUAUCAACCGAUGCCUUUAGCUUCCUCUCUUGGUCUUCCAACUACUAGCCAGAAGGAGCAAAUAUUUCCAGAAAGACCUGGUCAGCCAGAAUGCCAGUAUUUCAUGAGAACAGGGGAUUGUAAAUUUGGUUCCUCAUGUAGAUAUCAUCAUCCGCCAGAAGUUGUUCAAUCAAAAACAACUGUUCUCCUUAGCUCCAGUGGUCUUCCUUUACGCCCGGGUGCUCCACUUUGCACUCACUAUCAACAACGUGGAGCAUGCAAGUUUGGAUCCGCAUGCAAAUUUGACCACCCAAUUGGAACACUCAGUUACAGCCCAUCAGCGUCUUCUCUUGCUGAUAUGCCAGUUGCACCCUACCCAGUGGGAUCAUCAAUUGGUAAACUAGCCCCGUCAUCCUCAUCCUCGGAGCUGCGACCUGAGCUUAGUUCAAGCUCUGGAAAGGACUUGGUUUCAGCCAGAAUGUCUUCGUCACUGAGCACUUCAAGUUUAUCAGUAGGUUCAACUGUUUCUAAGGGUGGUGUUACCCCUGCGGGUGUCCAACAGUCUUCUCAGGGUUCCGGUCCUUCAAGUGGCAGUGGCAACAGUACAGAGUCUCAUAGUUCAAGCUAAGAAAAUGUCAAGCAAUUUUUCAUUCUUCCUUUUUGAUCAACUUUCUCCCAAAGUAUCAUUUUUUACCUUUUUCAAGUCCUCCAACAGAGGCUUCAAUUCUCACUGCCUUAGCAUACAUCAGUCAUGUUCAUCUCUGUGUUUAUAUCAUCUUUAUACGGCCAUCCCUUUUAUCUCGAAUAAGCCAUGGCCGACCUCCAAAAUUUUAGCAAACCGCAUAUAGCCUUCCCGUCUCUCUCUUCAAUAACCUUGAAAGAAUUUGCGGUUCCUUGAGGCAAAUCCGUGUCCAGAUCUUCAAUUUUGGAGUGUUAUCCUCAUAUGUGCUCAAUCCUUUUUCAGAAUGAAAAGAAUAGUUCCAGGCGAUCUUGCCUUUCCAAUGACCGUGCAUUCGCGUCUAUCCUUUUCUGAAUUUUCCUUUUCUAAACCAGGGAACGAGCUUUCAGUUAAAAACUUGGGAGUUUGAAUUCAUGUUCCCCCACUCUUUGUCCAAGGUCUAUUUUCGAUAACAGAAGCAAAUUAAAGACCGAAAGAAGAAGGCAUCACAGUGCUUGCUACUUUAUUUGGGAUCUUCAGAUACAUAGUUAUAUUCUGUUGUGUCAAUUGAAAUGCUUGACCAUGUUUUUUAUGUUAUGAAAUACAAAAUAUAUGAAGAAGCACUCUUUGACUCUGUAAUAAUCUUUCUCUUCCAUUAUUUCAUUGAGCGAGGAGAAAAUCAUCUUUGUUACUUUC